AGGACUCGAUGUUUGAGUGGUAACUCGUGUAAUGGGCUAAGUUCUGCUUUCACCAAAGUAACGAAAGAGGAAUCUAAAGGAGUUAGUCAACGAGGAAUAUUUACUAUCGUCUUAAGUUACGAGUUAGAGGCAGAUAGAGGCAUAUCGUGAGUUGCACAUAACUCUCUGCGUUGUGAUGACAACGCCCGCGUCGCUACCAACGAAGAUGAAUUGUAACGAAUACACAUCGCUGGAUUAAGAGAUUAAGGGACGCUGUUCCACUGGAUUAAAGAUUAUUCAUUGAUAAAAGAGAAGAACCAUAAUGAAUUUCUACAACAAAUAUGUCAGUGUGCAGUAUGAACCUUGGGAUAUCUCGUCGAUAUAAUCACCGUCUGCGUAUCCGAUUCCUCAAACUGCCGCUGUACAGACGUGUGCAAAUGUGGCCCAGGAUAUGGCGAUUGCUCGAUGAACAUGCGGCUGCUACAAAAUUGAGUUUGACGGGCAAUAUCAAAGGCAAAAAAGACGAAGAUAUCCGAUUCGACGUUUGGUAGAAAGGCAUUUCUCCAAUAUUCAGUAAUGGCCGUGAUCCGCAGUUCAUUCGCCGAUGUUAUCGUUAUCCUUUUCCUGUGCAAGGACGUUCUGGCGACCUUUGACGAGGCAAAAUACAGAAAAAUACAAGCAUGCGGCGAACAGUGGUCACAAGGUUCAACCGACGUGAAGAUGAUCAGUUCAACGACGGAACGGUGCCUGUUCAAGUGUGUUGCUAAAUGUAACUUAGACAAACGAUGCCUUGCCUUUCGGUAUUUCAAAUCAGGAACCUGCCAACUCCAAACUGCUGUGACUGCUGGGGAAUGCAAAAUAGUGACAGACCCGGCAGCUAUGAAAUCUUUUGUCUACGAACGUAAAAUUGAACAGAUUUUGGCAAUCAUCUGCGAAGGCGAGGUGGGAACAGUGACAUGUCAAGAAGGUACAACUAUUACCGUACAGGAGACAAACUAUGGCAGGACGGCAGGGAUCGACGUCUGUGCCCAUGCGGCCGUAGGUAAUGUGAACUGUCGGGAAACCACAAGAAGUCUUAAGUAUACGCAUGAUUUAUGCGAGGGAAAAUCUUCAUGUGUGUUACAACCCGAAGGGAGCCAUCUCGGAGACCCUUGCCCGGGGACUUACAAAUAUUUGAAUGUUACAUACACUUGCAAAUAAAGACUCUGGACGAUGGAGGCGUGUGAUCAUAUCGGGCUGUUAAUCGUUACACUUGCCAUUUUCCUGCCAUCUGUCAUAGCUCGUGGGGGUCAUCUUAGGAAAACUCAGGUUUGCGCCGACCAGUGUUUAGAGGGGGGCACGACAGGUUCGUUGAUUAAAUCGGAUACGGAGCGCAGUCUACUCGCGUGUGCUGUGCAAUGUUUUCGGGAUGUGAGAUGUGUUGCACUCCGAUAUGAGGCGGAUGGGAUAUGCAAGGGGAAAUGCCACUUGCACUCCGAAGUGAAUGUCGGUGAAUGCACUGCGGUUACUGUACCAGGAUUUCCGAGGUCCAGCAUUUAUUUGCGAAAUGUUGAGCAGGCAAUUGUCUGUUCAUACAAGAGCGGAACAGUAGCUUGUCCGAAUGGUGCCGGCAACAAAAUUUCAGUCCUGAAGACCAAUUAUGGCAGAACCGCUGGAAGUGAGAUUUGUCCAUACCCUGGCAAUGACAUGGACCUGGCAAUUCUGUAUAGAACGUGUAUUGAGAAGACUGUGGGUCUCACAUACGUUCGGAACUUAUGCGAGGGGAAAUCUUCAUGCCUGGUGUCUCCCGUUCAUCUCAGUGAUCCGUGUGUCGGUACAAUGAAGUAUCUUAAUAUAACGUAUGUAUGCAGUUAAAGCAUUUUAAAGGCUUUUGCAACUCGCGGUAGCGCGAAACUAUUUGCUGAUCAAUUAUUUGUAAUCACCACCAAUUAGAAUAUUUACGGAAAAUGUCUGACAGAGACUUGAAGGUCUGUGUUAUUUGGGUUUUUGUGUACGAAAAUGAAACGAUAUAGUGGUUGAUAACAACCUGCUUUACCCCAUACUGGCCUACAUUAGCAGAGAAAAAUGUUAUGUGUUAAAAUCAAGAUCAAUAGCGUAUCCAAACCGUGCAUAUUUUAUGAAGCUUGAUGAAGCUUGAAGAAUGGAAUGGUCAUUCAUGGACACCAUCCAAUGUUAUUAUUGUUGCCAGCAAUU